AUGACAGACACCGCGAUGCAGGUGGACAACCCACAGGAGACUGUGGAGUUGAUCAAGCAUGGAGAGAUCGACGAGUCUCUGUACAGCCGCCAACUCUAUGUCCUUGGCCACGAAGCUAUGAAGCGAAUGGGAUCAUCAAAUGUCCUUGUUGUCGGCCUCAAGGGACUCGGUGUUGAAAUCGCCAAAAAUAUUGCCCUUGCCGGUGUCAAGUCCCUCACCCUCUACGAUCCCGCCCCCGUCGCAAUCGCCGAUCUCUCCUCGCAGUUCUUCCUCCAACCUCAAGAUGUGGGCAAGCCACGCGCCGAGGUGACUGCUCCUCGAGUCGCAGAGCUGAACUCAUACGUUCCUGUUACGAUCCACGAAAGCACCAAUCUGGUGGAUAAUCUGGAACAGUUGAAGCGAUACCAGGCUGUGGUGCUCACACUCACUCCAUUGAAAGAACAACUCAUUAUUGCCGACUUCUGCCACCAGAAUGGAAUUUAUGUUACCGUGACAGACACAUUUGGUCUUUUCGGUUACCUCUUCAAUGACUUUGGCAAGAACUUCACUGUUGGCGAUCCAACUGGUGAGGAGGCGGUCAGUGGUAUCGUGGCUGGUAUUGACGAGUCUGGCCUUGUGUCCGCUCUAGACGAGACUCGCCACGGCUUGGAAGACGGCGACUUUGUGACAUUCACGGAGGUCAAGGGAAUGGAAGGGCUUAACGGCAGUGCGCCUCGGAAGAUCACGGUGAAGGGGCCAUAUACCUUUAGCAUUGGCGAUGUGUCUGGUCUCGGUUCUUACAAAGGCGGUGGUCUCUAUAGCCAGGUGAAGAUGCCAAAAUUCGUCGACUUCCAACCUCUGUCCGAGCAGAUUAAAAAGCCUGAGUUCCUGAUCUCAGAUUUCGCCAAGUUUGACCGGCCGGCUCAACUUCACGUUGGCAUUCAAGCUCUUCACAAGUUUGCCGAAACCCACAAUGGCCAGUUCCCUCGUCCACACAACGACAGCGAUGCGCAGGAGAUUCUGAAGCUUGCUAAUGAGCUAGCCGCAAGCCAGGAGGAGAAGAUCGAGUUGGAUGAGAAGGUGAUCAAAGAACUGAGCUACCAGGCCCAAGGUGACCUUAACGCGCUGGCCGCCUUCUUCGGCGGUGCCGCCGCCCAGGAGGUUCUCAAAGCCGUGUCUGGGAAAUUCCAACCUGUGCACCAGUGGUUGUAUUUUGACGCGCUUGAGGCUCUGCCUACCUCGGUCACCCGAUCUGAAGAGAGCUGCAAGCCUUUGGGCACCCGCUACGAUGGUCAAAUUGCAGUGUUCGGAAAAGAAUAUCAAGAGAAGCUAUCAAAUGUCCGACAGUUCCUGGUCGGUGCUGGUGCCAUCGGGUGUGAGACAUUGAAGAACUGGGCGAUGAUGGGUUUGGGUACAGGCCCCAAAGGCAAGAUCUUCGUUACAGACAUGGAUCAGAUUGAGAAGAGCAACCUGAACCGUCAGUUCCUGUUCCGACCCAAGGAUGUGGGCCGCCUCAAGAGUGAAUGCGCUUCCGCUGCUGUGCAGGCUAUGAACCCUGACUUGAAUGAUAAAAUCGUGACUCUUCGUGAUCGCGUCGGACCAGACACUGAGCAUAUCUUCGAUGAGGAAUUCUGGAAUGGCUUAGACGGAGUGACCAAUGCUCUCGACAACGUCGAUGCUCGUACAUACGUCGAUCGGCGCUGUGUCUUCUUCCGUAAGCCUCUUCUCGAGAGUGGUACUCUUGGCACUAAGGGCAACACGCAGGUUGUGCUGCCCUUCAUUACGGAGUCAUACUCCAGCUCUCAGGAUCCACCAGAGAAGUCUUUCCCCAUGUGUACGCUGAAGAGUUUCCCCAACCGCAUUGAACAUACCAUCGCCUGGGCUCGUGAUCUUUUCCAAACUUACUUCGUUGGGCCUCCGGAGUCGGUCAACUUGUACCUUUCGCAGCCGGAUUACAUUGAGCAAACCCUCAAGCAGGCUGGGAACGAGAAACAGACUUUGGAGAAUCUACGCGAUUUCUUGGUUACCGAGAAGCCCUUGACGUUUGAUGACUGCAUCGUCUGGGCCCGCCAGCAAUUUGAGGCACAGUACAACAACGCCAUUCAGCAGCUGCUCUACAACUUCCCUCGAGACUCGAAGACCUCGUCCGGUCAGCCUUUCUGGUCUGGCCCCAAGCGCGCUCCUACGCCUUUGAAAUUCGACAGCUCAAACCCGACUCAUCUCGGAUUUGUGAUUGCCGGCGCUAAUCUCCAUGCUUUCAAUUACGGCAUCAAGAGUGCUGGUACAGACAAGGAGUACUAUCGCAAGAUUGUUGAUGAUAUGAUCAUCCCGGAGUUUACACCUAGCUCUAGCGUGAAGAUCCAGGCUGAUGACAAUGAGCCUGAUCCAAAUGCUCAGUCCGGCCCUGCGAAUGAUAACGAUGAGAUUCAGCGUCUAGUGGAUACACUACCUUCGCCGAAGUCUCUUGCAGGCUUCCGGUUGCAGCCUGUCGAGUUUGAGAAGGACGAUGACACCAACCACCACAUUGACUUCAUCACUGCUGCUAGUAACCUGCGAGCAGACAACUACGAUAUUCCUCAAGCAGACCGUCACAAGACCAAGUUCAUCGCUGGAAAGAUCAUUCCUGCCAUUGCCACCACCACCGCUCUCGUCACCGGUCUUGUGGCCAUCGAGCUGUUCAAGGUCAUUGAUGGCAAGGACGACAUUGAGCAAUACAAGAACGGCUUCGUCAACCUUGCCCUUCCGUUCUUUGGCUUCAGUGAACCUAUCCCCAGCCCCAAGGGCACGUACCAGGGUAAGAAUGGCGAAGAGUCUAUCGAUCGUCUGUGGGAUCGCUUUGAGGUAGACGACAUUCCUCUCAAGGAUCUUCUUAAGUAUUUCGAAGAUAAAGGUCUUGAGAUUUCUAUGGUUAGCUCUGGUGUGACUCUACUGUACGCCAGCUUCUACCCUCCUUCGAAGCUGAAGGACCGCCUCCCUCUGCCAAUGAGCAAGCUCAUCGAAACGAUCAGCAAGAAGCCUAUCCCCGAACACCAGAAGAACAUUAUUUGCGAGGUGACUGCAGAGGACCAGAAAGAAGAGGACGUGGAGAUUCCAUAUGUGAUGGUCAAGCUUUCAAAAUAA